GACAGCGAGCAAGCGGCAGUGGUUAAUUCUGCAGUUGCCAUUGCGAAAAUGUGUCUUCUCUGCAAAGUCCCGAGAGAUGCCAACUCAAAACAACGGAUUUUAUAGCUAUUCAGUUGAUUGGCUACCAAACGAAACAUCUAUUGCCUGAGAAAGAAUCUGCAUAGAAAAUAUGAGUUCCCCGCGUGGCCACCCUGUCCUGUAACCAAUGGCAACGUCGGUCCAGGCCCUUCCUCUGACCCGCGACACCAGCAAGACAUUCCGUGACCCCUACUCGACCCCUACCCGGCCCACAGCCCUACUGGCCCGGUGCAGUAUGGGUAGUUUAGGCAGCCUAGUGGAGCGCCCGGACGCAUCCCCAGCUAAAGGCAGCCGGGCCGUGCCCCAGGUGGGACCCAGGCAGACCAACAGGUUAUUAAAGAAAGGCUUCAACCAGAGAGAGCUGCUCAACUACCUCAACAUCACCAGGAAAGAGGCCAAAGUGGGUAGCGGCCCAGGAAGCAGUAGGAAGGACAUCUUCUCCAGCAUGCAGUCCAUUAAGAGAGAGCAUGGACAUGAGGAGGAACAGAUCAAGCUCUACCACAAAGACGGAACUGAGGUGGACGUGUCAAAGAACUCACUGCCCAUUGGAGGGAAAUAUGAGAAGUCUCGUCUCAGGCCGUCUGCCUUCAAGCCCAUCACACCUAAGAACUUCAGUUCCAUGCAGAACCUCUACCCUUCCAAGAUGGAUGACUCAGACCAGAACCUGUCCAACGGUCUCCACCGGGCCUAUGCACACACACCUAGAGCUGUCUCCACCUCCUCUUCCUCCUCCUCACCCUCCCGCCACGGAGGACCCACCUCCAGCAGAACAAAGGUGGUGGCGUCAGUGCGUGGUCUGAGUCAGGAGGAUGAGAACCUGUCAGACUCUGGUCAUAACUCUAUGAACAGUCUUCCUCCAUACAGAUCUCCCUUCAGACCACACCUGGCUCACAUCAGUGCCUCCAUGGGCCACAUCAACACCAUUGACUCUCUGAACCGAGCAUCAAAGGUUGCGGGGUCGUCAGGGGUUGCCAUGGCGGAGAUGGCCAUGUCGUGUCGUAGCAUGGCAACGCUCAGCCGUCUGGCGCUAUAUGGAGGGGAGGCUCCGCCCCCUUACGAACUGUCACUCUCUCUAGAGGAGGUGGUGUGUGAUCUGGAGGAGAGGCUGGUGGAGAAGGAACACGAGCUGAAACAGAUGAGGAGGAACCUGGAUGAGAGUGAAGGAGCCAUCGCACAGGUCUUUGAAGGUAAACAGCGUCUGUGGGAGAAGGAGUUGGAGGAGCUGAAGCAUCUGUACGCCGCCAAGCUGCGUCAGGUUUCCCAGCAUGCUCAGCAUUCCCAGCGUGCACUGCAGCUGCAGCUGUACAAGGCCCAGCAGGAGAAGAACAGACUGCAGAAGGAACUGGAUGCUCUGAGGGGGGAGAGACAGAGAGAGGGUCAGGGGAGUCUGAAGGGAACCAGUCCUACUCUGGAGGAGACUCAGUGGCAGGUGUGUCAGAAGUCGGGUGAGAUCUCGUUGUUGAAGCAGCAGCUGCGUGACUCCCAGGCGGAGGUGACCAGCAAGCUGUCAGAGCUGUUCCAGCUGAAGACCCAGCUGAGGGAGUCCAGAGGAGAGCUGCGGAUCCGUGAUGGACAGAUAGACGCGCUGCAGACAGCCCUACAGGAGGCGCAACCACGACGACAGGGGAAAGGGGGAGCGGAGGCGAGUGGGACACUAGAGUCUCGAGGAUCAGGAGGGGCAUCAGGCCCUACAGAGGAGCGUCUGCGAGCAGAGCUGUUGUUAGAGCGUCGUCAGAGCGAGGCCCAGGCUACGGCCUUCGAGGAGGAGAGACAGACGUGGCAGACAGAGAAGGAGAAAGUGAUCCGCUACCAGAGAGAGCUGCAGGCCAGCUACCUGGACAUGUACCACCACAACAAACUACUGGAGAGAGAAGUAUACCAGCUCAGAGGAAGAGGAGGAGGAGAGAGAGGAGGAGGAGGAACGCUGGAGAGGGAACUGCAAGAUGUGAGGGGAGGAAGAGGAGGAGAAGGAGGAGGACGAGAGAUGGGAGACUACAGUAACGAGUCACUGGAGAGGGAAGUGCAGGAGGUGAGGAGAGGAAGAGGAGGAGGAGAGAGAGAAAGAGGAGAGGAGGACAGUAAACCUCCCCCUGGUCUUCCCUGGAUAGAGAGGAUAGAGUCGUCUGAGAUUUGACUGGGUGGGCACUAGAGGGGGGGCCUAUUCCAAACCAAACACUCGCCCCCUCUUCCUAUCUCCUUCAUGAAGACUCAGGCUUCUUACAGACUUGAAAGGACAGGAGAGGCCCCAUUCCAAACCAAAUCCUCACCCCUUAUCUCUAUGUCCUUGUGGAGGGCCCAGUUCCAAUUCCAAAGCAACUCUGCACUCCUAUACUCCUAGACCUGUAUGAACUAGACUGAAUAGUGUGCAUAUAUAAUCAGCAAUGCAAUAAUACACCCCAUCUGGUACUGUUUAUUGGAGGUUCCACUUCCUACUUCCUCUUUCAAUCCACCAAUCAAUGACAACUUCCUGCUUCAGUCCACCAAUAAAUGACAGCGUAUUAAGAGUCGAGAACACUGUACAUUCCCUCAAACACGACACUGACCAAACCUCACUUUAGAGGGCUGCUUGUAUGUACAAAUAAUGAUAAUAAUAAUAACCUAUUUGUAAAUGUUACUUAAUCUAAUGUUGUUCUGUGUGUAUAUAUUCAAACCAGUGUGUUUGAUAGUUCCAAUCCUCACAGCCGUUCUGUGGGCUAGUUGAAGUUCAAUCACUGACUGGGGUAAAGUAAGGGUAAGUGCGCCCCAAAUGGCACCCUAUACCCUGUAUAGUACACUACUUUUGACUAGGACCUAUAGGGCUCUUGUCAAAAGUAGUGCACUAUAUGGGGAAUAGGGUGCCGUUUUGGAUGCAAAGAACGAUCUAAAGGGAUUUGGGUUUUGUCCCGGUGUGGUGAGAUACGGUCAUUGUCUCUGUGGUGGGUACAAUAGGCCUAAUGUAAAUGACAUUAAAUGUUCUCUUCAUUCAGGGAGCGUCCAGGGUGCUGGGCUCAGAGAGGAGGAAGCUGUACCACUGAGUUAAGUACGAUUACUAGACCUUCAGAGGCUAUUGCUCUGCCAUUAACAACAAGGGCAAUUUUAGUGAUGAGGAUGACAAUAUCUUUUUGGGGGGUAAAAUUACCCUUUAAGAAAACUCUAAUACUGUAACAAUACUGGAUUGAGGACGUUUUAUAGAAUGUAUAUUUAUUUUCAUGUGAUUCUAUUUUCUGUCCCCAAAUCACUAUAUUGUAAUCUGUAUAUAGUUGUAAUUUGGAAAUACUAAUGCUGCAGAAGCAUGUACUGUUUGAGUAAAGGACACUUUGAAUGAAUAGCCAAAUACAGCCUAGUAUUAAAGCUCUGGCCAUUAUUCUGCAUCCCAUUGGACUAAAUACUGAUCAUUCACUUGUAUCUAUCGUUGCUGUCGGAGGAAAACCUCAUCUCCUAAACAGAAACUGUUAAUCAAAUGGAAGAAAUUGCCAUAUUUUCUCAAUAACAAACAUACAAUUACAAAACUUGAGAAGCUGUUUUGAAUACAUUUUCUUGGUCCUAGAGUCAUUAAAUAUUCAGAGAGUACAUUGAGGGGAGUUACUGCUUUCAAUACAUGUAAAAAGAUAUAUGGCAAAAAUAGUUUUUCAUCCAACAGCGAUGCUUUGAAAAGUAAAUACUGUACUAUCCUUGUGUUAAACCACUGGAAUUAAAUAACAAAUAUAUAUACACAUUA